AAUUGAUUAGUUUCCUCAUAAUCAACUUUGAUUGAUCAAUUUAUUCUUUUUAAAUGAAACGGUCUUUACCAGUGCAAUCACUGGAUAUCGUCUAUCGCAUAUUGCCAUGCGCAACACGUCGCACAUCGCGCUAGUGUGUACGAUCCUUAAGACAUAGCGAGCGACAAAAGACAAACGCCAUCACGCGCGACGAGUGUUUCGUGUCCGUGAUUGUAAUUCUGUGUUCUGUGUGCCUUGUGGUGCCGCGACCGCGUGCUAUUUCAUCGUUUGGAGUCCAUUUUCCUGUAUUUUAGAUUCGUUAUUUUGCUGUUCUAUAACAUGGCUGAUGAAGAGACUCGAAAAAUAUUAAAAGAUUUAAAGCUGGAAAAUCUCAUUGAAAAUUUUGAAAAAAACAAGAUUACUAAAGACACAUUAGAACAUUUAUCAGAAGCUAUAAUAUCUGAAUUAAUACCGAUUAUUGGUCAAAGAGUAAUAUUUUUAUCAUAUUGGAAAAAGCAUUUCAAUAUUACACGUCAAAUGGUCGAAAGUUCGCCAACAAAAAAAAGAAUGAAGCUAGAUGACGAAAAAGAAAUUGAAACUUUAAUUAAUUUACCUGAUUUGAGUAAUGAGAAUCCACAAAAUAAUUGUACAAAUGAUUUCAAACAAUCUAUGAUAAAUUUAAAGGACUUACUUUUAAAAUAUAAAAUAGGCCAACAGAUUUUAAAUUAUUAUGAAAGAGAAAAUCAACUGCAAGAAAAUUUUAGAAAUAAGUUGUGCGACAUUAUCAUUAAUGACAUCGAAAACAAAAAUGCAAAAUUGACAAACGAUUUGGCUGAAUGUUUAUCAAAAAACAUAAUUAACACUUUUCCGACUGAAGUAGCCACAACAUACGAGAAAAAUUCUGUUAUUAAAAAAUCUAUGGUUGCGCGUGGAAAACUAAUGAACAUGUGGCGAAAUCGAUGUACCUUAUAUAAAAAGUUUGAAACUAAAUUGAAAAAAGAAGAAAAUGAAAAAGAAAAUAAUGCUCCACAGGACAUAGAUCAAAAAGUCCAAGACAGUAUGAAAUGGUUAGAUGAAAACGUUGCUCCAUGGGAACUAGUUCUCCAACAUUGGCUAGCUACUUUUGAUAUCAGACGGAAACAUAUUAACAAUUUUGAAGAAAAAACUUUGCAUAAUCUACUGAAUAGAUGGUCUGUUUUGAAACAUCCACAGGGAUAUCAAUUAAUUGUUCAAGAUUUUGAUACAAUGAAUUUAAGUAAAGUAAAAUUGGAUUUAAAUAUAUGGCAACAAUUUGUGGACGUUAUAAUAAAACAUUCAACAUGUAACAUUAAAAAUGACGAAGUAAAUUUAAUGUUACAAAAGUUAAGAAAUAAGGAUAUUUCAGACGAUACAAAAGUGGCUAUAGGUCUUAUGUUACUUCCUCAUUUAAUUCCGCCAAAAGGCCUGAAGAAGUAUAAAGGCAAAUAUUAUAAACCCUCAAUAGCUAACGCCAAAGAAAGCCUGAUAAAACAUGCAAGCAUUCCUGGAGACAUGAUUCUAAUCAGACAAGAAGCAAGAAAACGUGCUGAAAUGUUAAAUUUGAUGUUACAACCGUAUAUAGUCAUUUUAGGUUCUCUUGACGAAGUAAAAGAGACAUACAUUCAAGUGGACGACAUUUUAUAUAAAGCAAAUAGUACUUUAGAGGCAAUUGAUGUAUGCUUCAAAAUAUACCAUGUUUUUCAAAGUAUAUAUUAA